UCUGGAGGGACUACGGUAGGAAUUUCUGGAGAAAUUCUGAGAGGAAUUUCUGGAGGAAUAUCUCGAGGAAUCUUUAGAGGAAUUAUUGGAGAAAUUUCAAGGAGGUAUUUCUGGAGGAAUCUCCGGAGGAGUUGAAUGAGGGAUCUCCGGAAUAUUUUUUGGAGGGAUCUCCGGAGGAAUUCCUGGAGGAAUCUUCGGAAAAGUACCUGGAGGAAACUUUGGAAGAGUUCCUGAAAAAAUCAUCAAAGAUAAUCCGGAGGAAUCCCCAAAGAAAUUCCUGAAGGAAUCCUCAGAGGAAUUCCUGAAAAAAUUGGUGGAGAUAAUCCGGGAGGAAUUUUCGGAGGAAUUCCUGGAGGAAUCCUCGGAGGAAUUCCUUGAGGAAUCAUCGGAGAAAUUUCUGGAGGAAUCCUCGCAGGAAUUCCGGGAGGAAUUUCUGGAGGAAUCUUCGAAGAAACCUCCGGAGGAUUUUUAGGAGGAUCUUUUGGAGCAAUCUCCGGAAGGUUCCUGCAAGAGAGGAGUUCCUGCAGAAAUCUCCAGAGAAAUUUAUGCAGGAAUCUUUGGAGGACUUAUUGGAGAAAUCUCAGGAGGAAUUUCUGGAGAAAUGUCCGGAGGAGUAGGAAUCAACAGAGGAAUUCCUGGAGGAAUCUUUGGAGGAAUUAUUGGAGAAAUCUUAGAAUGCAUUCUUGUAGAAGUCCUAGAAGGAACUCUUGGAAUGAUCCCGGAAGGAAUUUCUGCGGGAAUCUCUGAAUAAAUAUCUGAGUGAACCCCGAAAAAAAAUACUACAGAAAUCUAUCAUGGAGGAAAAUGAAAAUCUCAGAGACAUUUUAAGACAAUCCCCGGCGAACUCCUGGUGGAGUUCUAGUUGUACUUUAAUGAGGAAAUCGGUAGUGCUACAAAUCAAACACAGUCACUAUUUGUACAACAACUUUAUUCCACGUUCCGAACCGCGACGCGGCGAUCAACUCACUGGCCCUCCAGUCCAGUACACACUUAAAUCUAUUUCGAUUAAACAGGGCAAUUCAUUGAAAGGGAGGGACACUUUUAUAAUAAUACAACAUCUUCCCUUUUUCAUAUAUAGAAAAAACAAUGAUAAUUAUUUCGAAUUCACAACAUAAUCUUUGAGUCUCUCUGGCAAUCGAGACUCUCGUUUGGGGCGACUUGUUCUUCCGGAUGCUUCCAUUUUAGGUGUUGUUGCUUUCGAAGGUUCGGUUUCUUCACGUUGAGUGUUCCGCGGCAUCGUUCCACCGACAGAUGCUUGAUUGUCCGCUUCCGUACAAAUCACCAGCGUUGGUUGCAAGGCUUCUUCCUGUUCUUCUGGAUAGGUAUUCUUUGACGGUUCCGUCACUUGUUCCGGAGUGGCAACUGGUAGACUACGUUCUUUAACAUUCACGGCAUCGCGACGAUAAUUGCUUCCAUCUACGUUCACUACGUAGGAUCGAUUCGAGAGCUUAUCACCAAUGAUACCGGGUGUCCAAGUUUUGGAAGACUCUGGCCGUAGCUGGACGUAUACUGGCGAUCCUAUCUCCAAGCUGGGCAGUUGCUUCGAAUGUCUCUCGUAAUAGUAUUUCACUUUUUGUCGGUUCUUCACGAUAGAUUCUGGAACGUUUUCCACCACUCGCUGCAUCAAAUUGGUAACCGGAAUAGGGACAUCACAACGGAUACUACGCGAGAACAGUCUGGAGGCUGGACUGCUUCCGAUGUUGUUUGUGUUGUUACUGUGUCAACCAUCGGUAAAAUUUUUUGGCCACGUUCUCACGGAUCAGGGUCUCCAAGUGGAUGAAGCAAAGGUGACGGCUAUUAAGAACUAUCCUACCCCUUCCAAUCGUAAAGAUUUGCUUCGCUUCAUAGGAAUGAUCAACUACCUUAGCCGUUUUGUGCCAAACCUGAGCACAAGACUCCAUGUGCUUCUUCGACUGGUUUCAGACAAAGUUUAAUGGUGUUGGGGGGCGACUGAACAAGCCGAGUUCGACAAUGUAAAACUACUCCUGUCCAAUGUCAAAACCUUGCAGUACUACGAUGUCAAAAGUCCCUUGACAAUUGAAUGCGAUGCCAGUUCGUUUGGUCUUGGGGUUGCCGUUUAUCAACAGAACGGGAUUAUUGGCUAUGCGUCUCGAACUUUGUCCCAAACGGAAAAGAAUUAUGCACAAAUUGAAAAAGAGCUGCUGGCGGUCCUUUUCGCAUGUCAACGGUUCGAUCAGAUCAUUAUCGGGAAUCCCAGAACAGUUAUCAAAACAGACCACAAACCAUUGAUAAACGUUUUCAAGAAACCGCUGGUGAAGGCCCCAAGACGGCUUCAGCAUAUGCUUUUAAAUUUGCAAAGAUAUAACUUCCAGCUGCAGUUUGUGACAGGAAAGGACAAUGUUUUGGCUGACGCCAUUUCCCGGGCACCAGAAGAAUUAACUACCGAUUCAUUCAACUAUCGAAAAGAGAACAUCUACAGAGUAUUUGGAGAGGUAGAAGAUAUUCAUCUGCGAGACUUCCUGAGUGUUUCAGACGACCGAAUCAAUCAGAUUAUCGAACACACUGCCAUCGAUCAAGCACUGCAAACCGUCAUCAGCUACAUCAGGCAAGGUUGGCCUGAUAGAAUUGCUGCAGUCCCAGCUCAAGUGAAGCCGUACUUCAAACAUCGUCAUGAACUCUCUUCACAAUCGGGAUUGGUUUUCCGAGGAGAUAGAAUUGUGAUUCCUUCGUCGCUACAUCGCAUCAUGAUCGAGAAGUUACAUGCUACUCACUCCGGAAUCGAAUCAACCCUCAGACUAGCUAGACAGAACAUAUUUUGGCCUGGAAUGAAUCGGCAGAUAAAGGACAACGUGCAAGAGUGCACCAUUUGUGCAAAAUUUGGAGCAUCUCAGCCUACCCCUACCAUGAAGAGUCAUGCUGUUCCGAUACAUCCUUUUCAACUUGUCUCCAUGGAUGUGUUUUUCCAAGAGUACCGAGGAAAACAGAGAAAGUUUUUAGUAACGGUUGACCAUUAUUCAGAUUACUUCGAGCUCGAUAUUUUGGAUGACCUGACUCCUGCCUCAGUAAUAAAGGUGUGCAAGCGCAACUUUGCAUGCCAUGGAACUCCACAGUUGUUGAUUACGGACAAUGCAACAAAUUUCGUAUGCGAGGAGAUGAACGAGUUUGCGAAAGCGUGGGGUUUUAAACACUCUACAUCGGCGCCCUAUCACCAACAAGGAAACGGCAAAGCAGAAGCUAGUGUGAAGAUCGCUAAGCGAUUAAUAAAGAAGGCUAAGGAAUCCGGUCAGGACUUGUGGUUCGUGUUGCAGCAGUGGCGUAAUAUCCCAAACAACAUCGGAAGCAGUCCAGCCUCCAGACUGUUCUCGCGUAGUAUCCGUUGUGGUGUCCCUAUUCCGGUUACCAAUUUGAUGCAGCGAGUGGUGGAAAACGUUCCAGAAUCUAUCGUGAAGAACCGACAAAAAGUGAAAUACUAUUACGACAGACAUUCGAAGCAACUGCCCAGCUUGGAGAUAGGAUCGCCAGUAUACGUCCAGCUACGGCCACUACUACGAACGACGCCAUUUUGCCGCAACAGAAUAAAACGUCCCGCGGGGACCAGCCAAACUUCCAAACACCGAAUAUCGAAGGAAUUUGCACUUAAAACGUGGAUUGAAUAACCGGAAUUUCUGACACCAUGUUCUAGUUGUACUUUAAUGAGGAAAUCGGUAGUGCUACAAAUCAAACACAGUCACUAUUUGUACAACAACUUUAUUCCACGUUUCGAACCGCGACGCGGCGAUCAACUCACUGGCCCUCCAGUCCAGUACACACUUAAAUCUAUUUCGAUUAAACAGGGCAAUUCAUUGAAAGGGAGGGACACUUUUAUAAUAAUACAACACACCUGGAAGAAUUUUUGUGCGAAAUCUCAAAUAAAAACCUUCGUCCGGAAUGCCAGAAGAUUCAUCACAAAGAAUCCUUCGUGGAUCUUCAUUCAAUUCUCUGUGAAGCUUUGUCCCAGCCCAAGUAACAUUCUCAGAGCUCAUUAGAUUUAUUUUUGUUUUAUUAGUUUUAUAAUGGCCAUAGAUACAGUCAGGUCUUUUUUUACGCGGUUUUGAUUUACGCGGCCGCGUAAAAAAAAAACUCCAUACAAAAAAAAAAUCAUCGUCUUAUUUUUGCAUGAUUCGUCGAGAAAUGGUGAGACUUUUUUUACGCGGUUUUUUGAAUUUUGAACUGAGUUUUUUUUUACGCGGUACGUAUCCCCCGCGUAAAAAAAAACCUGACUGUAAUGCCAUCGGUUGAAGUUUUAUUAAACACUAGAAGCGUUUCAUAGAGCAUCAAUAACAUUACUACAAAACUUAUCAACACUGCAACCUAUUUGGUUUAUGAAAAGCUUUAUAACAGUCAUCAAAAGUACUAUAAAAUAAUCAAUUAUAGAGUAAUCACUGCGUGUAUACCAUGGCAGCAGAUGCACUAUGUCAUUUUAAGUGGCCAAAACUUAAAGCAAUCCUAAUCACGGCUUAAAUUAUUUAUUAUUUUUAAUAUUCUUUGAUUCAUAAUUCAUUGUUCUCAAAACUUAACACUGAAAACAUAUUCUUUCAACAAAAUAAAAAUAAUUGUAAUAUUUUCACACAUUCCAUAAUUUGUUUUGGCCAACCUAAGUCGACCAUUGUGAAAUCGUCCCCUUAAUGCUAGAACUAGGUAAAUCGAAAUUUGUCGUUUUUGAGUUGAAUAUACCAUUAUAUCCAGCUUUUUAAGCUCUAUUAUACAUAUAUCCAAAGACCAAUGAAAUAUGAUUAUAAACGACGAAAAUAUUCACCAGUUUCAAAACUAGGUAUCUCAGUGUAGAAUACAAGAACUGAGUGCUAUAACUAGGUAACUGAGAAAAUCAUAUCUAUUUCCAAUCGCACAGGUUGAAAUCUAUCGAACGCUUGGACGUGGAAAUGUUACUACACGAAAAAUAUUUUAAUUAUUUCAUUCAUUACAAUUACCUUUUACAAUUUAAAACGCUGAACCUAAUAACAGUCAUAAACCCACCUAAUAUCAGUUAUUAUGAUACCACAAUAUUGCUAUAAGUCAAACUUAUACUUUUCAUAUGUUUUGGAUAAUGAACAAAAAGUAUAAGGUUUAACUUAUACUUUGAAUAAGUUUUCAGAUUGAAUAUUUCCCGCCGAAAAUCGCCCAUGGAAUCGCCUGAACAGCAAACAAAAAGAGUGAGUAUUUUAAAGAUUAUUUUACUUUAGAAAAACCAAAGUUCGUCUCUCAUAUUGUAGCAUCGUAUAGUGGCAGCUGCCGAAAGUCCUUUGCAGGCCACGACUCGCGGUCCAGGUCUUGUUCGAGGAGAUGCCGCCAUCCGAGAAGUUCCUUUAAUUCAACUAGACGCAGCAGAAGCCGCAGCGGCAGCUCGGGAAAAUCACCAUCGAAAUUCCGAAACCGCUCAGGAUCGCUAGUCGCCAGAAACACGAUGUGCUCCGCGACUUUGAAGAGGAAGGAAUGACCCGGAAGAUAACAAAGUCGAAGAGGAAGGACAGAGAUAACCGCAAACCAGUGCAAUUUACGGCACGGGAGAUUCGAAGGAUGGAGGAUGAGGACGGAUUAGGUGGGUAAGAUUUUCUGUGAUAUUUGAUGAAACAAAAUAAUAACGAUGAAUUUCUCAUUUUCAGUUGCAGUUCCGAGGUGAUGUUGGCACGCAAAACGGAUGCAAAGGCAAACUUCUCAAGCGAUACGACACCGGCUUGAAGUAACAAAUGCGCCACCCCACAUAGGAGGACUGACCGCUGAACAAGGAAAAUGUCCCGGUCACCUAGAAAAUUGCAAUCUUUCAACACGCAAAGUUAUUAAAAAUUAAAAUUAGUUAAUAAACUAGAUAUGUAUUUAUGAUAAAACUUGUUUUUAAUCAUGUCUACUUGAAGAAAAAACAGUAAGAAAUUCAAAAUAUAUGGUAGUAGGUUUUAUUAAUUGUUCCACAUACAUAGCAUUAAUAACUGUUAUAGCAAUCAUGAGCGUUACUGAUUGAUUGUAUUAGGUUAAACUUAUACAUCUCAUAUCUUGUAGCUUAUGCUAUACAUUACAUUCAGCUAUAUGGUUUAUUAGAAAAACGAAAUGGCAAAAAUGUAUAACAUUUUCUUAUACAUUCAAUAAGGAUUUUUCUUUUCGUGUAGUCAUUGUUCCGUACGGAACGAGACUAGUUAACGAGAACUAAUCAAUCGCCCAACCCAGCCACUGCCAUCGACAUAAUGCGAAAUACUUACCGAUUUGCCGCCCCCAACACGACCCACCCUUGCUACGUCAUUGAGAACGUGAGUACCGACAGCCACCAUGAGUACCCGCAGUGAGCGCAAAUGACAGGUUCUCGCCGUCGUCGCCGUUCCCGAAGUGUGGUGACUUACGCGAAACUCACCACGACAGCCAGAGCUAUGACGAUGAGAGCCAUCGAGAGAGUUCCACCCGCGUCUGGAACCAGCGUGGCGAUAUUGCGCGAACAUUCCAGAAGGCGGGUGCGCACAUAUAAAUAUGCGAAUGGUUCGCCCGCAACUUCAGUUAUGUUUCUACCGCCGCGUGAUAUACCUCGUUCGAGUGCAAAAGUAAAAGUGCUAAAUUCUAAGUAGUGUUAAGUAGUAGUGUAAGGUGCAUAAAAAUAAAGUAGUGAAUUAGUGAACCAGUGGUGUUGUGCCUUUCAAUCCGAAUUCCCGACAAGUGAUACAGUCCACCCCGACCCGACUGGAGUUGGCCCCGGAUACGCGCCAACAUAGUGGUCCUUCGAACCGGAUCCAGUGCCGCCCUCGCCGUAGGAAAGGAUACAACACCAUCAUCGCUGCCCGACACGUUUCCGUGGCUCCGUUGCCAGAACGUGCACCGACCGAAGAGAAGAUUAUUCGCUACUGCCGUCACCGCUUGUGAAAUGUUGCAUACCGACCACCGAUCGCCCGAAGAGUACUUUGCACCACAGUUCCGACCCGAAACGAAUUCGUAGCGUGUUUUGUCCGAAAGAGUUUCACCAUGUCGCAGGUACAAACGCCGAUGACCAGAUCAGCUACCAAGGCUGCAGCUGAAGCCGCGAAGCAGAAGCAGCAACUAAUCGACAACGCAACCAGCUGGGAGAUCAAUGCCGAUGCAGAGACGCUAAAGGAAGUAUCAUCACUGUCCCGUCAGUGUGAUCAGGUAAGCCUCAAGCUAGCACGAGUGCAAAGGGCACUUGCCACUGCCAAGCAUGAGGUGAGCCUCCCGCAACUCAAGACAUUCCUGAAGAAGGUGGAUGACGCGUACGCCGAAUUCAGUACAAUUCAUACGAAGCUGGUUGCCGUUAUCCCGGAUGAAGCUCCGACAGCAGGAGGAGAUUUACAUCACUUUCGAAGAACGAUACGACUACGUCCGCACAGUCAUCGAGGAGCUCAUGUUAGCACACGAGACGAACACCACCAAGGCUCAAACUCUGCAACCGCAGGUGAUCCUGCAGCAACAGCCAUUGAAGGUCCCGAUCCCCACUUUCGAUGGAUCGUACGCCAGCUGGCCAAAGUUUAAGGCUAUAUUCCAGGACCUGAUGGCUGGCUCGGGAGAUUCCGACGCCAUCAAGCUUUAUCACCUUGAUAAAGCGCUUGUUGGUGAAGCGGCUGGAGUUAUUGAUGCCAAGGUGAUGAGCGAAGGGAACUAUCAGCAAGCAUGGGCUAUCCUCACCGAACGAUACGAAAACGAAAGGAUCAUCGUGGAGACCCACAUCCGUGGACUGUUCGACAUCCAGAAAAUGGCUUCUGGAUCCUGCAAGGAGCUGCGACGACUUCACGAUGAAUGUGUCCGCCAUGUUGAGAGCCUGAAGUACCUUGAACAGGAGUUCCUUGGUAUUUCUGAUUUGUUUCUUGUCCACAUACUGGCUUCCGCGAUGGAUCAAGCGACAAGGAUGGCUUGGGAGGCCACCCAAAAGAAAGGUGAGUUGCCUACGUACGCACAGACCAUAUCGUUCCUCCAGGCAAGGUGCCAGAUGUUGGAAACUGUGAAAUAGCUUUUCCGACCGCCAACACCGAACAUGCAUCGAAACCAAAUUCAAGGAGAGAAAUUUCUACGAACGCAUCCGCCGUGAGAAUCUACACCUCUGCAUCCGAGCCGAGGAAGGACAUUUGCGACUUCUGCGAAGGUCUACAUCGUAACUACCAGUGCAACGUGAUUAGUGCAAUGCCGUUCGACAAGAGGAUCGAGAAAGUGCGAGCUUCUGGUGUUUGCUUCAACUGUCUCCGCAAGGGGCACAGUGUCAGAGAUUGCUCGUCAACAAAAUCGUGCCAGAAAUGCCAGAAGCGUCAUCACACUCAACUCCACAACGAAGAGGUUGAACAAGUGUCAAGCCCCAGCGUUCCAGUACCAGCACAGGAGACUUGCCCUGCAAUCGCUCAAAGUAUCGAAUCUACUGCAACUUCAACCCGAGAAUCAUCGAACAUUCCGCUUUCUUGCAACUUUGCCGAUUGUACGAAGACUGUGUUCCUGCUAACAGCUGUUGUGAACGUAUUGGACGCAAACAACCAAUCACAUCCCUGCCGCGUGCUGCUAGACAGUGGAUCCCAAGUUAACUUUGUCACAGCGGAUUUUGCGAGUCGCAUUGGAAGUACGAAACACCGUGUCAACAUCCCGAUCAGAGGAAUCAACGACGUACAAACCACUGCGUUCGACAAGGUAGUAGUGAAAUUCCGAUCCCGUGUCUCCGACUACGAAGCGCAGGUGCAGUGCCUCGUAACACCAAGCGUAACAGGAGUCAUCCCAGCAUCAAGAAUCGAUGUUUCAUCUUGGAGUAUUCCCUUCGGAGUUCAACUCGCCGACCCAGAGUUCUACAAACCGGAUAAGAUCAAGGGGGAGUCGCUGAGCACAUCUUUACUUGCGCCAAUUAUUUUCAGUGUGCCACCAGGUAUUGAAUUGUGCCUCAGUGUGCCCCGAAGUGCCACUGCUUGAUGAUUCAGAUUUUGCUUGGCAACUACCAAGACAACCAACUGUUUGUUUUCAUUUUGCAGGUCAAAUGCACAUGGUUGCCUAGUUUUUUUCACCCAAACUCAAGUGUCAAAAUUGUGCCUCAGAGUGCCUCGGUGUGCCACACAGCGUAUAAGACGGUGUUCUUGGCACCUCUUGGCACAAUGUUCCAAGCGACUAGCCCCUUGGAUAAGAUCGACAUGUUGCUUGGUGCCGAACUGUUUUUGAAAUUGCUACGCCCAGGUUACAUCAAACUUGAUGAUGAUUUCCCCGAGUUACGUGAGACUACACUAUGAUGGGUAGUAGCCGGAGUAUUCAAGGAAAGACUCAUCUCCAAGCGUGUUCACCAUUCGCACAUCGCAUUGGUGGACCACAACGAGAAGAUCAACCAGCGUUUCCGUAGCACCCAGGAGUUAUCCGGUCCAAGUUCAACAUCCAGUAUCCCACAGAAUGGGAGAUACUGCCGAGGAAUGCGAGAGGAUAAUCUAAAUCAAUCAACGCGUCGUGCCGUGUACCGCCCUACGAGUCAACUGCCAAUGUUCCAGUGCUUUGCUGCAGUGCGUGGACUGUGCAGGACAAACAAUGUCAAAUCCCGUCAUCUGCAAAGAUUUCAACGAUGAUGUUCAGGUGCAACCGGCCACCUGACCGCCUCCGAGUGCAGCAACCACCGAUUCCGACAGAUAUCAAGAACCAGUCCUCACCUUUGCAAAAUAAGCCGAUUGAAUCGCUUCGAACUUUGUGGAACCCCAACACCAACGACAUACGCAAUAGAGUUCAAACAUCGACCAAUGGACGACAGAGAAAUGACAAUCCAUCGCUCAGCCCAAGAGUAUUCCGACCCAAAGCAGACAACAUGCGCCACCGAUGGACUUCAAUCGCCUACGACAAGUCAGUACAACCAACAAUGAAAUCUGUUGAACUUCGUGUCAACCGGGGGGAGUAUGUUCCGUACGGAACGAGACUAGUUAACGAGAACUAAUCAAUCGCCCAACCCAGCCACUGCCAUCGACAUAAUGCGAAACACUUACCGAUUUGCAGCCCCCAACACGACCCACCCUUGCUACGUCAUUGAGAACGUGAGUACCGACAGCCACCGUGAGUACCCGCAAUGAGCGCAAAUGACAGGUUCUCGCCGUCGUCGCCGUUCCCGAAGUGUGGUGACUUACGCGAAACUCACCACGACAGCCAGAGCUAUGACGAUGAGAGCCAUCGAGAGAGUUCCACCCGCGUCUGGAACCAGCGUGGCGAUAUUGCGCGAACAUUCCAGAAGGCGGGUGCGCACAUAUAAAUAUGCGAAUGGAACGCCCGCAACUUCAGUUAUGUUUCUACCGCCGCGUGAUAUACCUCGUUCGAGUGCAAAAGUAAAAGUGCUAAAUUCUAAGUAGUGUUAAGUAGUAGUGUAAGGUGCAGAGAAAUAAAGUAGUGAAUUAGUGAACCAGUGGUGUUGUGCCUUUCAAUCCGAAUUCCCGACAAGUGAUACAGUCCACCCCGACCCGACCGGAGUUGGCCCCGGAUACACGUCAUUCUUUUGUUAGUUGAUUGAAAAUCUACUACUGUUUUACAUUUUAGGCCAAAAAAAUGGAAAAUAUUUUACUUGUAUUGAUAUAGCUAAAACUGUGAUUGUUCGUAGACGACUAUUUUAUGAACAUUUGAGGUGUCAUGUGGUGAUAUAGCAGGCAUCCUAGCAAAUUCAGUAAUUACACUUUAAUUUCAAUAUGUGAACCCUUUUAAAUUUGCAUACUGUAACAAGAAAAUUGAAAAGUAUGAUAUCAAUAGUGGUAAGAACUAGGUAUCUCAGUACAUCUUCUCCAUUAUUUAUGUUGCAUUUUGAGUGCUAUAACUAGGUAACUCGACAAUUUUUUAACUAUUUAUUGUUUUUAUCAAAAGUUUAAACCAAACUAGUUCAAAACUUUUCCUGUAGAGCGAUUCCAAGCAACAGCAUCAAAAUAAAGGAAAUUUUUUAAUUCAUGAUUUUCUAUUGAACUGAAACUUUGCACAGUUUUUCAGUUCCAUCUAAAUCGCCAUUUUUCGAUAUCAAAUUUUUAUUUUGAAUCACGACUAACUUUUCGAAAGGGUGUAUGUGAAAAUGGUUCAAUAAUAUUCAAAAAUCUGUACAGCCAAAAUGGUUCGUUCGAUUGCUAUGAAUUUUUCAGCAAAGUUAGAUAACUAAAUGGUGAUUCCUAUGAAAAUAUACACUGUGAAAAAAACAUCUUUUUUAACAUUAAAAAUAUCAUUUUUGUCACAAAAACUCAAAUAUCUCAAAACCCUAUCUUUUUACCAACGCAAUUUUUUUAGGGAAGACGGUCCAUUGUAUUAGCAAUCUACCAUAAAAAUUUGGUGAUGGUAAACUAAUAAACAAAAAAGUUAUAACAUUUCAAACAUUUCACAAUUUUCACAUUUGGUAAAUAUUUUUUUCUGUGUAAAUUAUUUCGGUCAGAAAUCGCAGUUUGAUGCUGAUUUUAUUGUUCAGCAAAGUUAGAUAACUAAAUGGUGAUUCCUAAGAAAAUAUACACUGUGAAAAAAAAUCUUUUUUAACAUUAAAAAAUAUCAUUUUUGUCACAAAAACUCAAAUAUUUCAAAACCCUAUCUUUUUACCAACGCAAUUUUUUUAGGGAAAACGGUCCAUUGUAUUAGCAAUCUACCAUAAAAAUUUGGUGAUGAUAAACUAAUAAACAAAAAAGUUAUGACAAUUCAAACAUUUCACAAUUUUCACAUUUAGUAAUAAUUUUUUUUUAUUCGGCCGGAAAUCGCAGCUUGAUGCUGAUUUUAUUGUUAAUGGCCUUGCGUGAGUAAAACAAGCUGUUUUUAUUAUGUAUUAUGUAUAUUAUAUGUACAGUAAUGUUCCGAUUUUAUCACGCCCUCCGCGCAUUAGUCGUUUAUUCAUUAUUUGCUGUUACAUUUGAGGACAAGUGUUUUCCCUCUUCUUCAAAAUGAAUGUUGAAAGCGUGUUUUGCAACGUUAAAAAUAUUGAAAUGGGUAUAGAUGUUGAAGUAUAUAUCAAAGCAUUUUUGAAAAGGGGCGUGAUUAAUUGUUUAAACUGAUGUCGCUGAUGGUACGGUGACAUGACUCUCUGCACUUAGCACUUCUGGCAAUUUCUCAGUUGUUGUCGUUUUCGAACUUCCUACGCCCUGCUUUACCGAUGAUAUACAGAUGGCUCGUUUGUCAAAGUCUAGACGGCAGGACGUGCAAAUGCGUAAAUUUGGAUUCAAUUUGGGCAUAACCAGUCUCUUUCAGAUUAUCUAUGGUGCUUUCGGUGAGAUUUCGUAACUCCUUUAAUAACUCCUUAUCUAUGGUGCUUUCGGUGAGAUUUCGUAACUCCUUUAAUAACUCCUUUGAUCAUUUUUUUUUUUCAUCAAACGGUCUACAAGAGAGAGUUGAGUUGAAGACCUUUGAGAAAGCGACUGUUCAUGUUGUUCGUUAGAUUAUAAUAAACAAAAUCACUUAUUAGUUUUAACUGACUAGUUUGGUGUUGUUUGCUUGGCUGAAGAAAAAAUUUACUAUUUAAUAUCCAUAGCGGUAGUAUUUUUUUUUUUGCUUUUUCGUGAGCAUUGUCAUGGUAUGUAUACAGACAAACAAACGUAACACUGACGAAAUUUUCAUUGACCACGCCUUUAACGAUCAUUUUGAAUCUUGGUUGUGGCUUUCAUAACCAGAAGAGUGCCCAUCAUUUUUCUUUGCGUUUGACGUUUCACACUAGCGCCUUCUGAUGACGAUAUUGCACAUCGCAGUAUUUCGUGAAACAUUUCCACCAGGUGGGGGUAGUGUGAACUGGGCGAUGGAUUUUCACGUGGUAGGUAACUCUCAUGCAUUUGUUGUUGUUGAAGUUACUCGCAUUCUUCCGAUCAUAAAGUCUGUUCUCUAAGAGGUAUUUUUUUGAAGAUAAACUAGACGUAUACGCGUAUAUAAAACUUUUAUUAUACAGCUUUUGUCUUAAAAAUAAGUUUAAUUCCAUUUUUCUUAUAAUCAACAGCUUUUCAACACUAUCAAGGGAUUUUUUCACCAGUCACGUACAAUAAAAAGUAUGACACUCUCAAUAUUUUUGAUCAAAACACUGGAUCGCGUCUCAGUUUCAAAUAGGUAUUGUCUAUCCGGUUGGAAUCAAGACCGACAUUCAAUCAAAAAUUGCCAUUUUCUUGGUCCACAAGUGUCGCAACUGUUUCGCAUCUAGUGCGCUGUGUUGCUGACAACAACGGGAAGGAUGCGCACUACUUUUGACAUGAUUUAAAAACGUCGCGAGUUGGGUCGCGUCGCGACUUGAUUGUGCGAAGUCCGGUUUGGUGGCGGCCCGACAAUACUAUAGAAAUUAUGAAUAAUCAAACAAAAGUAUCAUGAAAACAACUUGUUUAAUUCAGGCGGUAGCCUUUACAAUAAAAUCAGCAUCAAAAAAUAAUUCUCAAAAUAAUAUACACAGAAAAAAAAAUUUUUUUGUUACUAAAUGUAAAAAUUGUGAAAUGUUUGAAAUGUCAUAACUUUUUUGUUUAUCAGUUUACCAUCACCAAAAUUUUAUGGUAGAUAGCUGAUAUAAAGGGCCAUUUCCCCUAAAAAAUUAACGUUGGUAAAAAGAUAGGGUUUUGAGAUAUUUGAGUUUUUGUGACAAAAAUCAUAUUUUUUUAAGUAAAAAAAUAAAUUUUUUACAGUGUAUAUUUUCUAAGGAAUCAUCAUUUAGUUAUCUAACUUUGCUGAAAAAUUCAUAACAAUCGAAAAAUCCGUUUUUGCUGUACAGCUUUUAGAAUAUUUUUGAGCUGUUUUAGCAUACACCCUUCUGAAAAGUUAGUCGUGAAUGAAUAUGAAGGUUUGAUAUCGAAAAAUGACGAUUUAGAUGAAAUUGAAAAACUGUGCAAAGUUUCAGAUAUUUUUGAAAUGGUCGCUCAGGAUCGACUGACAUGACUCCGUGGAAUUCCUCUGUAGCAGAAAGAGUAGAAGCUGAAUGAGCAAUACAUGCGAAAAAUAAUCAUUUUCAAGGCUCCAUACCUUUGGAACAACUGCAUGAAAAAUUGUCAAAUUUUCAAAGUCGUUUUUCUCGAAACUAUGAUUUUCGAGUUACCUAGUUCUAGCAUUAAGGGGACGAAAUGCUGUUCAUGAUCUAUCAGAGCGCCUUCUCGUAAAGAGUAGCGAAAUCCAUCAAUGGAUUUAUUGGCAGCUUAACAUGGUAACGUCACGUCCAAUUGCACCUAUUGCGGCAAUAAUGAAGAUACAUUGGACUUAUUGUCGAACGUUGUCUUUUUACUACGAAGCAGCUGCUGCCAUAUUAAAAUUCAACGCUUUUACUCAGCGCAAAUUCGAAAGAAAUGGCAAAAUUGUGCAUACCUUCAUGAUGUGACGCAUCUUGGGAGAAGUAGAACUGUGUCCGCAAAGUCAUUUUUAGGGGCACUUUAGUUUCACUCUGUAUCCACAUUAUUUCCGUAAACUGCACUGUUUACAAGGCGCGUUAAUUAUAUGCGCCUAUAAUUGCUAAAUUUGCGGUAAAACUACGAUCGCACAUAAUUAUUUGAUGCCACAAUCGUCACAAAGUCACACAUUACUAAGGGUGUGAACCAUUUCGCUUGUUCGUUGAACUUUUAGUUAAAAUCUGACACUUGGAUAGUUAUUUUGAAAAUAACCCUACUCGCGAGCAGGGUUAGUCUUGACAGUUCGAUAGUUAUUUUUUGUUCGCAAUGAUUUGGCUGCGUACUGUAUUUUGUUCCAAAUAACUACUCCUAUGUCAAAUUUCAAAUGGGCUACCGUCGUGGUUAUUUUUUAACUUUUCGAUGGCAAAUAACUAUCCAAGUGUCAAAUUUUAACUAAAAGUUAAACGAACAAGCGAAAUGGUUCACACCCUAAGCAUCAAUUUCAAUUUCAAUUCCAUUAUGUUUUACGACCACGGCAAUAGUUUGUUUACCUUUUCCAGCCCGGAUGAAAGAGAAACUGGAUGUCAAAAUUUUUCGAGCAGAAAUGAACAACAUGAUUGUUUUAUUGCGAACUUAUUGUUGCUCUUAAUGUCGAUUUGUAAGCCUCUAUAAUUGUGGUCCACUUGGUUGGAAUGCGUUCUUAUAGCGGUUAUCAGAAGGUUGUGAUGGAUUGGUUGGUUUUAUUAGCAGUUUUAUAAAAUUUGUCACGAAAACCGCUUAACACGCUAAGAUCAGUUUACCCAUAAAUAGGUAAUUUAUUUACCCAUAUAUGAGUUUUAUAUGCAUUACCUAUAUUAUGGGUAAAAUAUACUAAGAAAAAACAGUAAAGUCUACUCAUAUUAUGUGAAAACAGAGAUUACCUAAAUUUGGGUAAAGUGAUUUACCCAUAUUUGGAUGAAAAAUAUUCCUUGUUGGCAACAUCGCGAUAGAAAAAAAAGAGUGACUACUGCCGACUCCACUAAUUUUCAAGUUUUCUAUCGAUAGACGAUCGUGCUCAAUAGCGAAUAGUGAAAAAAAUACGUUGCGGACUCAGGAAUAUAUUCUUGACAAAACCAUCAGCUUUCUCAGCGCAGGGAAAUUGGCAUAGGAAUAUUUGAACCGACGGAAGUGUUGUCAAUAUAUGGGAAGGCAAAUCAUCUAUGUCCAAGUCUAUGUCUCUUCCACACAAGAGGAGUUUCAGUAUGUGGCCACAAAUAGCGACAAGUAUGCCGAGAAUCCGUUGAAGAAUCCGUGAUAAGUUGGAACCUAGUGAGAAAAAGGAAAGGCUUCUACGACGAAACUGAGCAAUGUGGUUGAGGGGAGAAACUAUCUGGAAGUCGAGCUGGAAGUACCGCCGGAAAGAAGCAGGCGAAAUCAACAGAUGACGGUGGAACCGUGGAACUUCGAGGCAUUACAUCGGACCAAGCAUCGGACCGGAAUGUGCCAGCUAUUGCUUUGAAAGUUAUUGAACGUCAUAGGGUGGGGCACAGUUAGUGGCACUGGUAUCCAAUUAUAUGUUGAAUAAAUUAAGUGAUUUUUACCGU